AUGCACCAAGACCUGUGCAUGAUCUGCUACAGCACCAUCAGUGAGGCGGAUGGGGCAUCGCUGGAGCCAUGUAAACGGGCUGCUUUGGAGAGCUCUAGUGCACCCGAGAAUGACGAAGCAUGCCCUCAAGUGCACCGAGUAUGCCUGUCGAAGCAUCUGAUCAUCCAAGCCGAAGACGGCAAGUUUCCUUGUACCUGUCCCUUCUGCUUGAGACCGCUGUCGCUGCGUGAAAUUCACCGGAGCCUUUCUCCGCGAGCCUGUCGUGCCUGGCUACGGCUGCACAAUCUUUGGCGCGAGCUGCGGGAGCUUCCUCGACAAGAGCAAGAUCACACGAACACUUUGGAAGUGGAGGAGGUCAGGAUGAUGCAGGACUUUGGAUGCAGAAGAUGCCCGCGGUGUGGGGUUUGGAUUGAGAAACAAGAGCCUGGUUGGCUCACUGGCUGUGACAAGAUGACCUGUCGCUGUGGAGGUCGGUUCUGUUUUCGAUGCGGAAGCGUGGAAGCGCAGUGCAGUUGCAGUUUGGGUCAUGACUUCAUCGAGCAGGAGUCCGUUGCGGCUGACUAUGCAGACUUGCAUCUGCCCUGGCCAAUAUCUGAGCUCUUCAGGGAAGGAACCAAGGUAACCACGGCUGCUGAAAGCGGUGCCACAAGUGACGAGGCGUCGGCGUCCUCGACGGGCGUUGGCUCAAACGAAGUUCAUUCCGUUGCAGGGGCUGGAGAGCCGAAGCAGUUGCUGCCCAACCUAAGCUCCGGGGAUGUGCGACAACUUGGCCGGGUAUGGAACCCGUCGAGACGGCUGGUGCACAAGCAAGCCAUGACAUCGCUGGAAGUUUUCUGGCGCCCCCCGCUGACCUCCUCAUCCCAGUUCCGAAAAGAAGAUCGGCACUUGGCUUUUGGUUUGGUUUCCCCUGACGCGCAAAAUCCGGCUGCCCGGCCAAUCUCUCAGCGGGCUGGAUCCUCUGCGAGGCUCUUCAAAGUCCGUUCCAGCUGGAAGCUUCGGCUGGCUGGACCGAGCAGCUUCCGGCUGACCUUUGGCAGAGCUCGCCAGGCGCUUCCAAGGGCAGUGCUGCGCAGCUCAGCACGUCCUCCAGGUCAUGUUGACGGCGAUGUCAAGGACUGGUUUGAGGUGCGCUGCCGUCCAGGGAAGGUCGCCGUCACAGCGACGGUGGAGGUCCUGAGCCCUCCGAGCUCCGAGGGGUCAGGUCAACGGAGUUUGGCAGCCACUCCGCUGGAGCCACUUCCAGCCGCCGGACCUUUGAACACUUGUCUGCGUCACGUGCUUGGGUGGACGGCGGGGCCGGCAGAUGCGAAGCGCCACCGCGAUGCCUUUGCCACACGUUCUGAAGAACUUCCGCCGCUGGCCAAUCAACAGUUCGAUGUGUCGCCCGUUGAAAGUGAUGCCUCGUGGGGUCCCAGCAGGGUGGAACAGGCUGCUUCGAAAAGGCAUCUCGUCAAUACGCGCCUCCAUCAAGCAGCUGGGAUGAUGCAGAGCCUCAAGGCAAGAGGAAUGCAGGUUUUCGCGAUGUCAGCUGUCUCAGGCACCGAUUCGAUCAACACUCCAAUGAUCGCAUGUGUGAAUGCUUUCGGAGUGGUGAGGCAAAAGAAAUGGAACGGAACAUCUAUCAUAGAGGCCCUGAAGUUCAAGCUCAAGGAGUAUGAAGCUCGCUAUGGGGUUUUCGACGAAAACAAGAACCGCCACGGAGAUAAAGAGCUGGCCAUCUUGCAGAAGGUGGUGGAAGACGGUGAGGUGGCGGAAAGUUUGCAACCGUCGGAGCGAGCCACUUUGCACAUGCUACAGCAUGGCCUGCGAGACUACAUCGACUUUGCCCUCGACGAGUCGCUCUUCGACACUGGCAGUGCUUCGUGUGGGAGAAGGAUGCGUGUGGUCGCUUUGUUCGUGCUGAGGGUUGGUCUUGCCCUUGCCGUGGACAGCCUGGACAGCACAGAAGCUUCAGAAGUACGCCGCGCUUUGAACUUGGACGAAACAUGCCAGGACGAGGACGGCAGAUGUUCCACUUCGCUGCUGCAAGUUGCUGGGAAGAACGUUGUGAACGAGACAACAGGUGAUGAACGCGGCUGUCGGACGUGUGAGACGUCGUGCUUCGAUCUGCGACGUGACCGACUUGAGUGCACUGAUCCCUGGAAACAGUACGGCUUACACUGCGAUCUUCCGCACAUUGCAAAGUUAUGUCCCAAGACAUGCGGCUGCUGCCGGAGCUGCUCAUUGGGGCGACAUGCGCGCGUGGUCAGCACCGUGACGGACGAGGAGGAGUUUGCCUGGAGCAGACAAGGUGACCCAACCUACAAUCCUUGCUUAAAGUGUUCCAUAGUCGAGAAUGCUGUCGGCGACGACAUGGAUCGAACUUCACCUCCGAAGAUGUUCUUUGAUCAGCUGACACGUGUGGCCGAAUUCGGGGAGGACGCCUGGUGGUUCAUUUCCCCGGCUCCUGGGGGCAGGGCAUUCUCUGAAGCGGAGAGGCGCAGCCUCUUCGAGCACGGGCCACAGGAUCAAGAAGUACCAGUUGCAACCCAGCAACCAUGGUAUGACCCAUCGGCCCCAUCCGAGAGGCUGCAUCAUGCCAGUGUGCUUGUUUUUCGGAAUCGCAGAACACAUGGCAAUUGCUUCUUUUUGGCAUGCUUCAGCGGCGUCGCACGUUCGCCCGCUUUGCAGGUUUAG